UUACAAAAAUAAAUUGAUUUGGGUGUGGAAACUCUAUUGUUGAAAGCAUAUUUAUAUCCGCAUUCGAGUGUACUAUUAUUUUUGAUUUACAGCUCAGCGCAGAAUCAAUCAAACAGUAAGUACUUCAGAAAGUAGGGCAUCUCGUUGCCAGGCUUGCCGCUCACUGUGGGCCACAGAGUCAGGCAGCCUGAGAGGCGACUAAGGACGAUUGCUCUAUUCAUUCACUUGGCGCUGCCAGAAGCGUGCGGACGUUGUUUAGGGCACUCCGACUCUGAAUACGGCUCGGGUUCGGCUUUUGGCUUUGGAGUCAAGUGGCAAGUGGCACCUGCACAAACUUGGCGGACAUUUUAAAAAGUCAGUGGCUGACGUUCUGCGUGCGUUGCGGCGUGCGGGGUAAAUGAAUGCUGCAUGUUAACGUGUCGCUAUCCUUGGCAAUCGUCGGUCGGUUGCUUGCCAAGAAAUUGGAUACGUUGCCGUAAAAGUUCACUUGAUUUAUAUUCAAUGCACAACACAAUGUGUCUUCUGAGCUAAGCCCUGCUGAGCUCUGCUGGUGUACGAGUAUUAGCUGAUGUAUUAACGUGGCCACUGGGCUGCCAAUCUGUUGGCUCUUGUUUUGGGAUAUGUGCAACUAAAACGUUUAUUAACAAAAAAAAAAAAAACAUUGAAAUAUAUAUUGUGAGCCAUGAGUCAACCACAUCAACAACAUGAGCAAUUGCAACGACGUCGUCGCCGCUGCCGCCAGCCAGCCGAGCCUUGUGAAUGUUUACGUCCUGUGAUAAGGGUUUUUGGUCUGCUGACUUCAUUCGUUAUCUGCGGAGUGGGCGUCGAUGUCUACAUGCAUGGCUAUCAGGCGGGCCUCUUUAUAAUUUUUUCAGCUUUGCUGGUGCUGUUCAUUGAGUUAAAAUGGCUGAUAACCAUAUUUCUGCAGCUCCAAUGCGGCGACGAUAAUUACCACAACUCCUCCUCCUGUCUGGACUGCUGGCGCUUGUCCACGUUGCUGGGUGGUUGGCGGCCGACGCCCAUAUAUGUCGCCAUGGGCGUGACACUGAUAAUCUUUCCCCACAAUCUUUGGCUGAGCUAUGUGGCUGGCAUGUUUCUGCUGCUUCUGGCUCUGUUGCGUCUCUGCACGCUGCUUAGAUUUGGCGGAGGAGCCGGCCACUUCAAGGACGAGGGGCUGCUGCCACAAUGCGAUUUUGAAAAAGUCUCCAGCUUUGUGGACAGCGUCGAGGACGACUGCGCUGAGGUCAGCGUCUCGCAGCCAGAUGAUGAGGAGCCGACCAUGGAGGAUGAAGUUUGCUAAUUGUUGCUGGUAUAUUGUUUAUAGUGUUAGUUUCUCGGUUUGUCAAAUUCGUAAUUGCUCUUUUGUUCUUAUUGGUUUCACAUUUCACACACACUUUUAAGACUAACCGGUAUUUUAGCUAGAGUUCAUAAUGAACUGGGGGAAUUUGUUGCCCCGAAUGCUUUUAUUUACACUACAGAAAUAGAGAAUUUUGCAUGCAGGAACAUUA